CAAAUCUUUCUCUCACGCUCACACAGAGCACAAAAGACACACAGAGAGGGAUCAAUUAUAUAGCUUAGAAUGUCUGCAAGAGACAAGCUGAAUUUUGUUAAAGAUGGGGUGAGUAAAUUGCCUCCAGGAUUUCAGUUCGAACCGACUGAUGAAGAGAUAGUUUUCCAGUACUUGGCGCCUAAAAUAUUUUCCUAUCCUUUGCCAGCUUUAGUCAUUCCAGAAAUUAGCAUUGGGAAAUUCGAUCCAUGGGAAUUGCCAGGGGAUUUCGACCAGGACAGGUACAUCUUCUGCAACAAGGAAAAUGGAAACUCGACGAUUAGAGUGACCUCUGGUGGUUUUUGGAAGCUGGCGACUGGGUUAGACAAACAAAUCACGUGUUUGAAAUGGAUGCCGAUAGUCGGAAUUAAGAGGACAUUCAUAUUCUAUAAGGGGAAGAACUCGCGAGCUAAUUCAAGAACUGAUUGGCUCAUGCAUGAAUAUCACAUCGCCCAUGUCGGAAACACACAGAGUACGAAUUCUCAGGUAACUUUUACCGGCUUAUCCCUCAUUCUUUGACACUCUAACAUAUCAUCCAUCGAUCCCAAAUUCUCAUAUGACAUUGUUUUAGGUGUACUUAAUUUAACUGUAAGGUAUAUUAGACAUUCUAUACAUACACAAGUAUAUCUAGCAUAGAAGGUUAGUACGUUCUUCUAUUAAACCACUAUAGGUUGCAUGUUACUAAAGGUGCAGAAAUUUAAAUAAACUGUCGUGAGAGCAACAAUAAUAAUAAUGAUGAAGAAUAUGAAAUCAAUAAAGAAAGAAGAACAUAAAUUUAAGUGGUUUGAUGAAGUACCUACAUCCAAGGGAGCAAAAAAUUCAAAAAUAUUCUUGUUCGGGGAUGCUGCCCUUGUGCCCCCAACCUAUUAAGCAUCUUUGAUAAAUAGACAGUAAAUUAAAGUCCGAGAGGCCGAUGAGGCGGAGCCUAUUUAUUCUAGUAAACAUGUGUUCCACUCUAUGUCAACCACAUAUUAGAACAUAAACUUACCCCCAUCCAGGGAUAGAGGGCCUUAUUCUUUUAGCUUCUAUUAUAAUCAAUAUUUGUCACUCUU